ACACCCAUGAGUGUAUCCGGUUGAAAUCUACACAAUGUUGUCAAUCAGUUAUCGAUUAAACCACCUGGACAUAAAACGGGUUGAUGUCAUGUUUAUACCUGUUUUAUCCGUGUAAGACCCAACGGAUUCCACCACACAGAUGUAAGGGGACUUAUCAGCUCAAUAUUUUUAAAAUGCAGAUACCGUCUUGUAUACGUACCUUGAUUAAGGUCGAGGCGUUGAUUCUGUACGGUUUGCUAUGGAUUUGCCUGAUGACCGUACACUUUCAAUUAAACUUCAUCCCAAAACACUACCUCAAACAAACACAGGAACUGGCGCAAGAAGACUUUGAACAAAGGAGAGACAAUAGGGAUAAUGAUAACCAUGACAACAAUGCGACGAAAAAAGUGGGACAAGUUUAUACAGGACCGUCUAGUGCUGAGGUUAUGAAGUGGUUCAUCCAUGGACCGAAACUGGUUCAGUUGCCAUUGCAAUCUCGUAAACAUCCACAUCUUGUGUCAUAUGACGUCCAAAAGGAAGUUUGUCAUCGAGGUGCGGUUCAUCUAUUGAUAUAUAUACAAAGUGUUCCACAAAAUACCCACUACCGUGAUGAAAUCAGAAACACUUGGGGUGGGGUGCACAACUUCAAAGAAAUUUACGUAGAACGUGUUUUUCUUGUCGCUGAAACGGAAGAUAAACGCAUUAUGGAAUCUUUAGAAAAGGAAAGGAAAGAACAUGACGAUAUCAUCAUCUGCCAUUUCAAAGACACUUUUAAAAAUUUGUCGCUCAAAGCGAUAACCUUGCUAGAUUUCGUAAACAAUCGUUGUACUCAAGCCAAAUAUAUACUCAAAGUUGAUGAUGAUAUAUUUGUAAAUGUUUAUUCACUUGUAGAAAAAUUUGUUCCACUAUUAAUGAAAAAGCCAAAAUCUAUUGUUUGCCAAUGCAAAUAUAAUCACAAACUUGUCCUUGAUCGGAACAGUAAGUGGUAUAUACCCCCAGAAGUUCUGUCCGAGUCUGACAAGGGUAUCUUACCUACCUUCUGCUCAGGUUAUGUAGUCCUGUUUACCAGCGACCUCGUCCCAAUGUUGCUCGAUGCCUCUUAUACCGUUCCUUUAGUCCCCGUUGAUGAUGUAUACGUGUUUGGGUUUCUGCUCAAGAAGGUAGCAGAUGUAAACUUCAUUGACGGUUCGGACUCUUUUACACUGAAUCAGGAACUCGGAAUGGAUGAAUAUCAGAACAAAACGAAACCAAUACAGCAUUGUGUAGUUAGUGUGUCAGAAAAGGCCACACAUGAAACGCUUUGGGAAAACACUAUUGACAAAAUAUCUCCAUUUGGGAGAGAAAUUAUGAACAAGAAUCUAUUACCAUAUGAAUACUAAUUUAAUUUUAUGUAACAGAUUUUUUUUUUUUGCAUAAUUUAAUCGAGUGUUUGGAGUUAAGUAUAUUAUAUAUGUAAAGUCACUGCAAACGGCAUGUUUUAUCUACUAAGACACUUCAUCCUCUAUAAUAAGCAUAUUACACUAACAUUAAUAUUUUUACAGUUUUACAUACAAAUCGUAACUAUUUUUAUUUUAUGAUCCGUUUUCGAAAAACAGAUAUUGAAAAAAAUCUUGCAUUUUGAUUUUCAAGAUAGAGUUUUGUCUUGAUUUUUUUUUAAAGAUUAAAAUGUAGAUGUGUUUAUUGACAGUAAAUUAAGUGUUUUUAACAGCAUUUGAUGCAUU